AUGGAUGGCACCGGAGAUCUGGUGUCCACAGCACACACGUUACAGUACGUUACGCACUCCCUCUGCCUACAGAUCCACUUCUAUCGCACGGCUACUUCUACCAAUUCUGAAGUGAAGCUUGACAAAGCCAAGUCUAAUAGGAAUAGAACACAGGGUAAGGCACGCCCUCAAGAAAAACAGCCAGAAGAAGAGAUACUGAAAGUACCAAUUGGACCAGGACCAUAUUUUUGUAUCAGUGGAUCUAAUGGAGCUGGGCUCAUCCGUUGCCAGGGCAGAGGCUGGCAGCGUAUCUAUGACAACAGAAGGGAGGAUUAUGCUCUGAAAUGGUGUGAAAUCAAGCGCCGAGAGAGAUCUAUUGCCGCGUCAAAGAAGGCAGAGGUGCCUGUGGGCCUCAGGUUACUGAAGAUGGAAGAAUUCUUCCCAGAAGCUUUUCUCCUGGACUUCAAAGAUGAUAUAAAUGCCUUUGCUGAGCUUUGCAAAGAAGAACAGAUUUGGAUCUGCAAACCAAGUUGGUCUAACCAAGGUCAAGGAAUUUUCCUGCUUAAAAAUCCAGCUGCUGUCAACACCCUCCAAGCCAAGCUCCACAGCACUGAGGAAUACCUAUUCAAUAAGAAAGUGCCACACCACGACCCUCAGGCAAGAAUAGUGCAAAGGUAUAUUUACCAGCCGCUGCUCCUGGAAGGGAAGAAGUUUGAUGUCCAGUCUUACCUCCUCAUUGCCUGCACAGCAGCAUACGUGUUACUUUUUGCCCAGGGUUAUGUCCAGUUGACCGCUGACAAUUAUGAUGCUGCUUCUGAUGGUCUGACUUACAUGCAGAAGGACUCCCUGUACAGCCCACUGAAAGAUGAGACAGUUUGGUGGAUGGAGCACUUCAACAGCUACGUUAAUGAGAAGUUCAGAAAAACCAAUGGCCUCCCCAAAGACUGGGUUUUCACUGUGUUUACUACUAAACCAAACAUUCCAGACUAUCAGCCAGCAUAA